ACCCUGUCCACAAAAGAAAGUCAUACGAGUUUGGAGCACAUGAGGGUGAAUAUUUACAGCUGCACCUGCUGGAGAAGGUGCUCGCUGCAGAGCAAAUGGGUGGAGCUCACGUUACCUCCCCCUUGCUAGACGUCCAGCGAGGAGAAGCGAAUGUACAACCACACCCUAACCCUACCCACAACUCUAUCUCUCCACCCCAUUUGACGUCCAGAGAGGUGGAGGUGGCCCUCAUAGACUCUGCAGUGAGUACCACUUGGCCUGCUGGGGUUUCCGUUUUAGACACGCCCCAAAGUGUCAUGUCGCACUGCUCUUACACCCGAGCGCGCCCACACCUCUGCAUUCCACUGCUCCUGCACAAAGGUGCUUGUUGCAAUUUGCAAGAUGGCAAUGAAAUUGGCAUACUGGGAUAUACGAGGGCUUGCUCAACCAAUCCGUCUGCUGUUGGAAUACACUGGUACUAAGUAUGAGGAGAAAUCCUAUUCUUGUGGUGACGCUCCCAACUAUGACAGAAGCUGUUGGUUUAAUGAGAAAGACAAACUUGGGCUGGACUUUCCUAAUUUGCCCUACCUAGUGGAUGGUGACACCAAGGUAGUCCAAAGCAAUGCCAUAAUGAGAUACAUUGCCCGCAAAAACAACCUCUGUGGGGAAACUGAAGAAGAGCAGCUGAGAGUUGACAUCUUGGAGAACCAGGCGAUGGACUUCCGCAAUGGUUUUGUCCAGCUCUGCUAUGGAGACUUUGACAAAAACAAAUCAUGUUACAAUGAGAAACUGCCAGGAACUCUAAAGCAGUUCUCUGACUUCCUUGGUGACAGGAAGUGGUUUGCUGGAGACAAGAUCACAUUUGUGGACUUCAUCAUGUGUGAUUUGUUGGAUUUGCAUCGUAUGUUGUGUCCAGAGUGCCUGGACGACUACAAAAACCUUAGAUGUUUCCUGGAUCGCUUUGAGAGCCUUGAGAAGAUUGUAGAAUACAUGAAGUCGAACAGGUUCAAGAAAACACCCGUGAACAACAAGAUGGCCAAAUGGGGAAACAAGGAGUGAAAAUGACAAGACCAUCUUGAUUUUCUUUUUUUUUUUUUUGGGUACCACUUUUUAAACCUUCCCAAUAAACAUAGAUUAUUUCAAUUUACACCCUAAUGAUACAUAAACAUUGAUAAUGAAAUCUUUACAAAAUAAGCAGAAUUCUCAUCUGUUGUCUAUAAAUACAGCACUUACAUUAAAGACAGUUCAUCCAAAAAUGAAAA